AUGAACAGUAAUGCAGCGCUAGCGCAGAUUCUCCAGGGCAUCUCGGAGCUUCGAGUUGAGAUGCAUCGUAUGGGCGAUCGUAUGGAUAUACUCGAAAAUAACAAUGCACCGAUCACGCCCACCAUGCCUUUAUUUUCUCCGAGCAUUUCUCCCUCAUCGCGCAUGAGCUACUCUACGCAUCACAAUGCAUUAAAUAACUGGCAUCCUGAGUCUGCGCGCACAACUUCCGUCGCAGGCGUGCCUCAUACUCCAAAACCAGCGUCUAUUUCAUUAGAGGCAAAAGACCCUUCGCUUGGUCUCUGGGUCGUUGUCCCAGCGGGCGGCGCUGGCACUCGUCUCUGGCCGUUGAGUCGUAGCAGUUGCCCCAAGUUUUUGCUCGAUUUGACCGGCAAUGGUCGUACACUGAUUCAAAACACGUGGGAUCGUCUCCUUCCUCUUUCUGGUGUGGACCGUUUUAUGGUGGUGACAGGAAAGGUGCAUGUUGAUGCAGUCUCGCAGCAACUGCCUAACUUGAUCCCUGCAAAUGUGUUUGCCGAGCCCUCGCCAAAGGAGUCGAUGGCCGCGAUUGGUCUUGCAGCGGCCGUGCUUGCACGACGCGAUCCCCACGCCGUGCUUGGCUCUUUUGCUGCGGAUCACAUUGUAUCUGGUCGCGACGCAUUCGAGUCGGCUGUACAAGAAGCUGUCGCUGUGGCCAAAGAAGGGUUCUUGGUCACGAUUGGUAUUGCACCUGCACAUCCCUCGACUGGUUUUGGUUAUAUUAGGCUGGGCGAAGGCCUGGAUGUGAAGAAUGCUCCAAAUGCACACAAAGUGCUUGAGUUUAAGGAGAAGCCCGAUGCUCGCACCGCCAGUGCAUACCUGAGCACUGGUGAUUACCGCUGGAACGGUGGUAUGUUUGUUGUCAAGGCACAGACGCUGAUGGCACUUAUGGAGGAGUAUGUCCCGGAGCUCCAUGCGGGUCUUUGCACCAUUGCCGAGGCAUGGGAUACCCCGCGUCGACAAAUUGCAUUGAGCGAGACGUGGUCAUUGUUGCCCAAGAUAGCCAUUGACCAUGCCGUCGCUGAGCCAGCAUCCAAGGUUGGCAAGGUCGCAGUGGUUCCUGCUACAUUCGGUUGGGACGAUGUAGGGGACUUUUCAAGCUUGUCUGAUCUUAUUCCUGCUUUGGAGAACGAAGCGCGCGUGCUUGGUGACCCAUCGUUGGUCAUCACAGAGGGCCAAGUCGGUGGCAUCGUGGUUCCUGCAUCUGGGCGUAGGAUUGCGUGCUUGGGUAUGGACGAUGUUGUGGUGGUCGAUACCCCUGACGCACUUCUUGUGACCACCCGUGCACGCAGUCAAGAUGUGAAGAAGGUUGUUGCCAAGUGCAAGAAGCUGCACCCCGAGCUUUGCUAA